CCAUUUUCCUCUUCACUUGACUUGUCAAAAGCUAAAUUUCCAAUGACUAAGACCAGGAGGAUCUUCACCCUUUUGCUAAGGCUACUAGCCUUGGGUGCUACCCUAGCCGCGACCAUUAUCAUGGUUACCAGUCAUGACUCAGCUGAAGUCUUGAACUUAACAUUCGAAGCAAAAUAUAGCAAUGAAUCUACUUUCAAGUACUUUGUGAUCGCAGAAGCAGUAGCAAGUGGAUACAGCCUCAUUGUUCUCUUUAUUUCUUCAAAGAGUUUGCUUAGGCACUUGGUUAUGAUCCUAGAUGUGGUUAUAACGAUGCUACUGAGCUCAAGCGUAUCGGCUGCCAUGGCGAUAGCUCAUGUGGGAAAGAAAGGAAACAGUCACACUGGUUGGCUGCCUAUUUGUGGACAAGUCCAUAAGUUUUGCAACCAAGUCACUGGAGCUCUAAUCGCUGGUUUUAUUGCUGCAAUAAUAUACUUGGUGCUUCUUCUCUACACUCUUCACACUGUUUAUAUGUAGUCCUCUCUUCACCAUUAAACCUUAGACAAUUCUCUUUCUGUGGAUUCUGUAACUCCUUUUAGUAUAUGUUCUGUCCUUCCUUUCGUUUUCUUUACCUCUUCCCCCCCCGCUCGUUUGAUUCUGAA